AUGCUGUGGUCUUCCUCAAUUGCUGUUGUUGCAGCGUUGUCAAACACUGCAAGUGCUCAGCUCAACGAUGCAUACAGUCCUCCAAGCUACCCCUCACCGUGGAUGCGUGGUGGAAAUGGAUGGGCAGAUGCGUACACGAAGGCUCAGGCUUUUGUGAGCCAGCUUACGCUUCUUGAAAAGGUCAAUCUUACGACGGGUGUGGGAUGGGAAGGUGAAUCGUGUGUGGGUAACACGGGAGCCAUUCCCAGGCUGAACUUUCCUGGUCUCUGUCUGCAAGACAGUCCUUUGGGAGUUCGUGACACGGAUUUCAACUCUGCGUUUCCCUCUGGUAUGAAUGUAGCAGCAACAUGGAGUACACGUCUGUUCAAGUCCCGUGGCAAUGCAAUGGGAUCGGAGCAUGGAGGCAAAGGGGUUGAUGUCCAAUUGGGCCCAGUUGCUGGUCCUAUUGGCCGUGUCCCGGCGGGCGGAAGGAAUUGGGAAGGUUUCAGUCCCGACCCUGUUUUGACUGGUGUUGCUAUGGCACAGACCAUCCAGGGAAUUCAAGACGCUGGUGUUAUUGCCUGCGCCAAACACUACAUCGGAAAUGAGCAGGAACACAAUCGACAGGCUGCCGCCCCGUACAAUUUUGCAUACAGUGCCAAUAUUGACGAUGUUACUAUGCAUGAGCUGUAUCUUUGGCCAUUCGCCGAUUCUGUCCGCGCAGGAGUGGGAGCCAUUAUGUGCUCAUACAAUCAGGUCAACAACAGCUACGCAUCUCAAAACAGCUAUACCUUGAACUACCUUCUGAAGAACGAGCUUGACUUCCAAGGAUUCGUCACCUCCGAUUGGUGGGCACAACUUACGGGUGCAGCCUCUGCAUUGGCAGGUCUUGACAUGACAAUGGCUGGAGACCAAGGAUUGGCGUCAGGAGAUACUUUCUGGGGCUCGAAUUUGACAGCUGCAGUCUUGAACGGCACUAUCCCGCAGUGGCGUCUCGAUGACAUGGUUACACGUAUCAUGUCAGCCUACUACAAGGUUGGAAGAGACACUCACAAAGUUCCUGUGAACUUCAACAGCUGGAAUCUCAGUACCUAUGGGUACCAACACCCAGAGGCCAAUGAAGACUUCACCCAGAUCAACUGGCAUGUCAAUGUCCAAGACGAUCAUGCAGCACUCAUCCGCGAAAUCGGAGGUGCUUCAACUGUCUUGCUCAAGAACACGAACAAUGCUCUUCCAUUGAAUAAGCCCAAAUAUAUCGCCGUCAUUGGUGAAGAUGCUCACGACAAUCCAGCUGGUGUCAACUCCUGCAGUGAUCGCAACUGUGACAUCGGCACACUUGCUAUGGGCUGGGGAUCUGGAACUGCCAACUUCCCCUAUUUGAUUGCUCCCAACACAGCAUUGAAGGCCCAAGCUGCUUCUGAUGGAUCUAAGUACACCAAUGUGUCGGACAACUACGACUUCGAUGCCGUGACUGCUGCUGUUACCGGUGCAGAUAUUGCUAUUGUUUUCGGCAACGCUGAUUCAGGAGAAGACUACAUCACUAUCGAUGGCAACCAAGGAGAUCGCAACAAUCUUACGCUGUGGGGUAACGCCGAUGCUCUCAUUGCUCACGUCGCUUCAAUAAACCCUAACACCAUUGUCGUGUUGCACACUGUCGGACCAGUCAUCGUGGAAGCAUACAAGAACCAUCCCAAUGUUACCGCCAUUCUCUGGGCUGGACUUCCAGGUCAAGAAUCUGGUAACGCAAUCACAGAUGUAAUCUACGGAAAAGUCAACCCACAAGCAAAGUCCGUCUUCACCUGGGGCAAGCAACGCGAAGACUGGGGCGUGGACGUGGUAUACACUCCCACAUCUGACCCACCUCAACUCAACUUUAACGAAGGUGUCUUCAUCGACUAUCGUCAUUUCGAUGCCGCUGGUAUUGAGCCCUCAUACGAAUUUGGAUUCGGCCUUUCCUACACCAAUUUCUCGUACUCGAAUCUCGUGAUCCAAAAGCAAAACCCCGGUCCCUAUGAACCUACCACCGGCGAAACAUCUGCUGCUCCCACGUUCGGCACCAUCGAUUACAAUGCUGCCGACAACGAAUUCCCACCAGGAUGGCACGCGGUGAAGGAUUAUGUGUAUCCAUACCUCGAUGGACCCGUGCCUACGGGCCUGCCACAAGACUGGCCAGCAGGUGCUCAGGACGGAAGUCCACAACCAAAACUACCCGCUGGAGGAAGCGGCGGAGGCAAUAGACAGCUCUGGGACACGAUGUAUACCGUCAGUGCUACGGUGACCAACACCGGCGGCGUUAAAGGAACGGAGAUUCCCCAGCUAUACAUCUCCCUCGGCGCACCAACAGAUCCCAAAGUCGUGCUUCGCGGCUUCGACGACUUGAUCCUCGACCCGGGUGAGAGCGAGACAUUUACGUACGAGGUCACGAGGAGGGAUAUCUCGAACUGGGAUACGGCCAGUCAGAAUUGGGUUGUGAGUACUUACCCGAAGACGGUGUAUGUGGGGAGUAGCUCGAGGAAUUUGCCGCUUAGUGGGGCUCUUGCUUGA